ACAGAGGUAAAAAAUAAUUGCCUGAAUGAGAAACAGUUCAAUCAACUGGAACGUGAAUAUAGCCAAUAUGAGCAGGAAAUCCAAGAUCUCAAUAAAGACAUAGAGCAUCUUGAGAAUGCUUCAGAAGAAGAGAUAGCAGAGCUAAGAUCUGAAAUCUCCAGUCUAAAAACAGUUAGUAGAAUCUGA